GUGGCCGGCAUCCACAAGAAGGUGGCGCGGACCAUCGGCAUCUCCGUGGACCCGCGGCGCCGGAACAAGUCCACCGAGUCCCUGCAGGCCAACGUGCAGCGCCUGAAGGAGUACCGCUCCAAGCUCAUCCUCUUCCCCAGGAAGCCCUCCGCGCCCAAGAAGGGCGACCGCUCUGCUGAAGAACUCAAGUUGGCCACCCAGCUGACAGGACCCGUGAUGCCCAUCCGGAACGUCUACAAGAAGGAGAAGGCCAGACCCAUCACCCAGGAGGAGAAGAACUUCAAGGCCUUCGCCAGCCUUCGCAUGGCCCGCGCCAAUGCCCGGCUCUUCGGCAUCCGAGCAAAGAGAGCCAAGGAAGCUGCAGAACAGGAUGUUGAGAAGAAAAAAUAAAUGUGUUGGGGACUUAAUGACACUGAG